UUUUGAAACUUGGGUCGAUUAUGUCAUGGCGGGUUAGAUGUUUUCGGCUCCUAUUUUCCUUGAAUUCGUUUUGAAUUACACUGUCAAUGAUCUCGUUGGACUCUUUAUUUUUAAUUUUAAUAUUAGCUGUAAUAGUAAAAUAGCUAAUAGCUAUUCUUUUGUAAAUAUUUCAAAUGCUGAAGCAAUUGCAAAUGGGCCUUCGCGCGUUCAUGCUCCUAGCUUCAAAAGUAUGGAGUUGUUUUUGUUACAUGUUUAGGAAGCAAUAUCGAGCGUUGGCUCAGUACCAGACUGUAAAAUAUGAGAUAUACCCACUCUCCCCAGUAUCUAGACACAGGCUGAGUCUAGUAAAAAGAAAGAUGCUAGUGUUAGAUUUGGAUGAGACAUUAAUACAUUCACACCAUGAUGCAAUGUUACGGCCGACUGUGAAGCCCGGCACUCCACCUGAUUUUGUACUCAAAGUUACAAUAGAUAAGCAUCCUGUUAGAUUUUUUGUGCAUAAGCGACCACAUGUUGACUACUUUUUAGACAUAGUAUCACAGUGGUAUGAGCUAGUCGUCUUCACGGCGUCAAUGGAGAUAUAUGGUGCGGCAGUUGCGGACAAACUUGACAAUGGGCGGGGGAUUCUGCGACGGCGGUUUUACAGACAACACUGCACGCCAGAACAUGGCUCGUACACGAAAAACUUGUCGUCAAUAUGUGACGACCUAAACAGGGUGUUUAUAUUGGACAACUCGCCGGGGGCCUACCGGGACUUUCCAGAUAACGCGAUACCAAUAAAGUCGUGGUUUUCGGAUCCUCUGGACCUGGCGUUGUUGAACCUGCUGCCAGUCCUGGAUGCGUUGCGGUUCACGCACGACGUCCGCUCCGUGCUCUCCAGGAACCUGCACCUCCACCGGCUGUGGUAGCGACUGCCGCCCGUCUCACCAACAUUUAUACAGAUGAGUGCCGGUGUUUUGUACAAAUAAACGAGGCGAAAGCGCUUCCGGAUCCUAUUUAUUAUUUUGUUUCACUUGUUAGGCCCUUAGCGCUUUUAUUCAAAUAUAAAUAUAGAUAUAACGUAGUUGAAUAAUUUUUUUAAGUUUGUUUUAAAUAAAACAGUGAUUAGUAUGUAAUAUACAUAGGUUUAUAUAGUAAUAAUACCUACGUAUGUAGGUGCGGGUAGUUUGAAAAACACCCUAAAGUCGUUUUUGUCUUUUUAUGCAUUUGUCAUAACGUGACACGACUAUAGUAGGUUUUCUAAGUAAUUUAUGAGUGUUAUAGUAUAUGUAUUGGACUGUUUUUAAAUUACGUUUUAGCGAUUUAAUACAUAUUAUUUUGUAGUAUUCAUGACAAAAAUUUGGUCUUAAGAAAUUGAAAUCAUAGCAUGAUGCAUUAACAUAUUAUUGUAUCAAAUGAAAUUGAAUUAUGUAAAAAAAAUGGAUUCUGUGGUUGAUACAGCCAUUUUGUUUUUCAUUUGAAAUUAGAAUAAUUUUACCGUGAAAAGAGACUCUACACGCCUUACCAAACAUAGAGUCACCCAGGCCUUCAGGUGUCACAUAAGUAGCUUGUAACAUAUUAUAAAAUAUACAAAACAGUGAUUUCCAAUGCUAUUACGGUAAUAGCAAAUGUAGUAAUCUAAACCCGCCGAGUUUACUUUAACACUAAAAUCAAAUGUCAUAAAAUUGUCACUUCAUGAAUUAACUUAGUGGUGAUUCAUUUUCUGGAAUUUUGAUGUGUAAGGGCUUUCAUAUGUUUCUAUAUUUUAUAUCCUCAGAUCAUUUAUACGUCUAGAUAGACUAUAACAGCUGUGAAACGAACACAGUGUCAUACAAAUCGAGGGUGUAAGACGUAGUUUGUCACGCACAUUUAACUAAUAUUCCAGGCCUGUUUUAUCGGUUGUCUAACAGCAAGAGACUAUCUAGACGUAUGAAUUAUCUAAGAUUAUUGUAAAUUGAAUAAUUUAAAUAGACUUCAAUAGUACAGGUAUCAGGAACUAUUGACGCCAUUUUGACAAACGUCAAUUUGACAGUUCGUAGUACAAUAUUCUUAUUCAUUAUCUAUUGUAUAAUUCUUAUCGUUGAAUACAGAACUGAUUUGAAAAAAUAUAUGAUUUUUGUUCGAGUGUGGCCCAUAUAAUUUACUUGUUGCACUGACGUUACUUUUUUAACGUCUUCUUUGCUAGUGUGACAUGUGUAUUGGCUUUGAUUUUUUUGUUCGUUAAUCUAAUCCUCAGACUGCAAAACUACGUAAUAAAGCGAGGUGUGUACGCUUUCGCGUCGACAAUAGAUGUAUACGUGUAUACUAGUGAACUUUGUACAAAAUAAACCGAAUAUUAACUGUAGUUUGUUUAAGAACAAUGCUCUGUAAGAGUCAUAUAUAUAUUAGUCAUUAUUUAGACCCCUGGUCGAGCAUUGGUUUUGGUACUUUUAAAUUCACAACAAACGACAUAUUCAUGAUUAAGGGAUUUUUUACCAACUGCAGGACAGGUCUAUUUACUUUAUGCCUAGAUUGUUUCAGAAUUAAAUAUAUAAUACAACUGUUGUUAUCUUAUAUCACUGCUGGGACAAAGACCUUUCCUGUAAUUCAUACUAUUUUGGAUAAUCUUAUGGUUCUGUACCGAAAUAUUUCUAGUUUAAUUUCGAAGGCCCUGUGCUGUCUUAUAUUCUGUUUAAGGUACUUAUAUACAUACAUAUUUUCUAAAUUAUCAUUUAUUUUUAUUUUAGUACGGAACCCUCGAUUUUAUUUACUUGUAAAAUUAUGUUGCCCCGAAAUGUUUGUUGGAAUUCGGACUAAUAAAGUAUAAUUUCUUCUAUUAUAUUAAUACAGUAAUGGACAGUGCGUUUAAAUAAUGUUGUUUCCAUUGUUAGAUAUUUAAUGUAUCUGUUACCUUUAUGAUAAUGAUAGAUUUAAAUUAUGUAUGCGUAGUUUAAAUAUUAUUGAUUUGUAACUUAAGUGACACACUUGCCGUGAGAAUUGGCUAAUGUGUGCACACUGGCUGAAAUAUUGGGUAUCAAUGCUUGUCCCUUAUAACCCUAACAGACAGCUGAUUUGAGAGCGAAUUUGAGAGCGAAUGCUUUCAUGUUAUCACAAACACAAAAAAAGUGUGUGUGUACUUAUGUAUACACCCAAAAAGUUGUACUUCUUUGGCCUAACGAAGGUAAAAUCAAAUCAGCCGUAUUCGUUAUUUAAUAAUUAAUUGUCAAAUCGCUCAUCCGAAAGUUUCACUCUCAUCAUGUUUUCAUAACGCGCCUAAAGAAGUAUAACUUCAAUAUUAUAAAUCAACAGUAGCCAGGAGCAAUUCUUUACUGUUAUGAAUGUGACCAACAGUCUGUUCUUCGAUUUUUUUAAAAUGUGUUCAAAAAAGAUCGUUUAUAUUCGAUAGCUAACUGGAAUUUUUAAUGAAACGAUAUUGUUUUAAAUUUUAACGAUAAAUAGCCGCGUAUAAAUGGGACCCGACAUGAUCGUGACGUCAUAAUAACAUAAACAAAAACACCUCAGCUAUCCAGUGCAAUCCUUAUUGAUUUUUAUCAAAAUAAAAAUGACCUUUCAUAGAACGUAUAGAUUGUGUAUUGCUAAAAACAUAUUGUUUCUGGCUUCUGCUAUAGUGACGUCACAAAAUGGUGGUCGGCGUUUUCGGUCACGUGACGAUAAUAAAACUAUGAUUUUAAUUUCGCAAAUAUAAAUAAUUCUCGUGUUUUUAUAACAAAUAAGUAUUGAAUUCGUAUUUCUUAUGAUAAAAACUUUAUAAAAAACAAAACUUUCACAAAUUAAUUUUGAAAGAUGAAAACUGACUUAUUACGAUAUGUUGUGAUUAUUAUUUGACCAAUGACUAUUCAGCAACCCGCGUCUGCUUACCUCGGUUGACUGAAUUGUUUGCAUUUCGAAUAUUGAAUUUAUUAGGAGUCUAUUGGGUUAUAAGGUCAACGCUCGCCCGAAUCUUUGUGGUUCCAAGUUCUCUUGAACUUAUAAGGAAAUUAAGUUAAAUAAUGGGUCAUCAAUUAAGCGUCUUGUUGUAAUAUUCUCUUUUGGGGCUCGUUAUACAUAACAAUCACGCGAUGGUAUAACAUGACGAAAACAUUCAGAGAGUAGGUACUGCCGACAUAAUAGGAUGGGUCUUGGAAUAGAGAAUUAAAGUAUUAAUAAUGCAGGCUGCAAGAGAAAUUAAAAAUUUAAUAGGAAAGGUAUUUGUAAAUUAAACCAAAAGGCGUAAUUUUGCGGAAAUUAAUCGCUGCUUAGAAUGGCAUAAAUGAUCUUUAGUAUUCAUUCCAAGUUGAGUUUCAUUCUCAUUCCAGCGUUUGGCGGGUCAACAACUCCUGAAGAAGCCUCGUGUCGUCUUUUCAAAGACGUGGAUUUCAAGUUUUAUUAACACAAAUAGCACUUUUAAUGCAAUUUCAUCAUUAUAAAAUCAGUAUAGUGAAAGCCCUUGAACUACGGGAAUAAAAUGGUCAGGAGUAGUUAUUAGUUGUUCCAUUUUUAAUUGUUUGAAAUUAUCCGAAUCAUACCAUUCUGUUAAUAUUGACGCAAGAUAAUUUCAAUUAUUUACUGUCAAAGAAGUAAUACCUAAACAAUUUGCUAUUUUUUUAAAGUGAUAACCCUCACUUUUGGGAUUAAUUACACAAAUUAAAUUCGUAAACAAAAAUGAACAAUGCGGGACUUGAACCCUUCCACUGUGCCAACCGUUCGAGUAUCUUUCAUAAAUCUUGGUAGGUCUUAGUUCAACUCUCAGGUUUCAUCUACAGGAUCUACUUUAUAGUUGAUAUGGGCUCAACCCCAAUAUUUGCAUAUUAGGAUAUUGACUCGAGAUGUCGCUCUUUAAAAUCUAAAAAAUUUGUUAUUUUAGCGGGUUCGUGUCACGCAUCGUUCGUAAAUUUGGUUUACAAAUUUAAUUUGUGUAAAUAUUACCUUUAAAGUACGGGAAUUUGUUCCUGCCUAGUUUCAUUUUCGGACCCAAUCUAAUAUAUAAUAUCAAGCCACCGUUACGCUCACAUGUAGUUCAAUGACCUACACUUUCAGCUGCACGACCAUCUUAUAGUUUGUAACUCUAGUUUUGACUUUUGAUUAAAUGAUUGCGGUUUAGUUAUAAUUCACAAUCGAGCUUAACAUACAAAUAACUGAACCAUUGGGAGAACGAAUAUAUAAUCGAUGCGUUUCUUAACUAGUAAAUACUACGUACCAACAAUAAAUAUGUAUAAGAUAAAAAUAUUUUCUACUAGUAAUAAUCUUUUGAGGUGUUAAAUAGUUGCGAAAUGAUAAAUGUGAGUUUUCAAGUUAUAAUCUGAGCUGUCAUUAAGAACAUUUGAAUAACUUUAGAUAAUUAAUACAUCUAGAUAAAGCCUCUUGCUGUUGCAUGACACGCGAUACGCUAGUCACUUUGUUUUAGUGUGCAUGCGUUUUCUGAAAAUAGACGCUAACAGUCCGCCGCUAUUUUUUCGACGUAGUCAUAGCUGUUACAGUCUAUCUAGACUUAUAAAUUAUCUAAGGCGAUAACUAAAGGCUGUUAUUUUGUCACCGACGCGCGUAGAAACAGUCAGUAUCCAAUCGUUUGCAAACGCAACCUUUGAUUAGCUAUUUUCAGGUUACUGCCUGGACCCGACGUCACCAAAAUGGCCGCCAAUGCCAAUUCUCAACUCGCAGGGAUUAAUAGUAAAACAGACAGGCCGAUCUGAGCUUUAAGUUCGAAAUUUACUGUCACACAACACAAUUUUUUAUGAUAAUUUUCCCAUAAACGCAAGAAUAAAUAAUAAAAUAAAUACAUAUAAGGAAAUCCCUGCUUUGACAGUAAAUCUCGAAUACUCUCAUUUGAUUUCGAGCUCUCGUCUCGAAAAUCGCCCUCCUGCGACUUCACAUAAUAUGAGUGUUUGUUUUCGAUUAUACUUCAUUGCUCUUUCGUUUUUCGAUGCGUUAUUAAUAUCAAAUAAAAUAGUAAGUGGUUGUAUAACUAUUAUAAUCUCAAAAAAAAUUGUUAUUGGAGUGCUUCAAAAUUAUUAAACAAACUUAUUACUCACACUUCAAAAUUAUUAAACAGACUUAUUUUAGUCGAGUUAUUGAUUUAGGUCCCUAGUACUACUACUAGGGACCUAAAUCAAUAACUCGAUAGUAUAUAUAGUUAUAAAAACGUUUAUGAUUUUCUAAGGCUUGGAACGUUUAUAAGUUGAAAUCUCACAUUCGAUAUCAAAUAAUGUACAUAGGUAAUAUAGGUUUUUAUUUAGCAUAUCAAAGUUUUGCUGUUUAUAAACAGGGUGAUUCACAAAAGUGAGAUUAAUUUGCUCGAUGAGAUACGAACGCCUAAUUCCUUAGUGAUUUCGAUCUAAUGGUUACACUUGCGAAUAUGAGUCAUUUCAGAUUCACUUGGACGGUGAGAGUAUUUGUACUAUUGUUGGAAUCUCCCUUGGCUUUGGCUCGGAAUUUUUGAUUCGGAACGGGUUCGGAGGCAUGCCCGAGAAUCCUGGGGAAAAUUGUUGUGGCAGAUGAGAGAAUUGUCAGUAGAGGGCAGCUGCCUUUAAAAGUCAAAGUUUUUAUCAAGAGAUCUUUGAGGGCCAACAUAGGCUUCUUCUUAGCCUUUAUAGCCACUGUUCCAUUCGGGAGCGUCUUGGUUUGGAUGACCUGGUUCGUGAUCUGUUGGAGACUAGUUGGGGCACCAUUCUUGUCUUGGUUUUUGUACGAGGCAUCCAAGCUGACGACAUUUCUGCUAUGCAAGCUAGGUUUCCUUCUUAUUUUGGCUCCUGAGAGGAUUCCGGCCUUUUAGCCUUUUGAAAGUGGGACUGCUGACUUGAAUACAUAUUUCGCCGACGAAUGAAUGUGAGAGGGGGGUAGGAACUGACGGAGUCGCUUGUUUAUGCAAAAAUCUAAAUUCUACUGUGCUGUUCUCAUUAUCUCAUUAUGGGUAUAAAGCUGGACAACGAUCUGCAGAGGCAUGGGGCUUGAUGCUGACGACGAACCUUGGGAGAACCGCAUAUGUGGUUUGUAUAUAGGCCGGGGUGAUGAAGUUUCGAUUUGGUGUGGAUGCUGGCCCAUCUUAAUCUGAUUUAGUAAUAACCGUUACCGACUUCGUCUUGUAUGAAAUUAUUUGUGCUGAAUCAAUUUAAAUGCUACUUUUGUAAAGAGAGUUCAUAAUUUAUACGAUUGUUUGAAGAUCUAAUUAAUUCAGAUGACUUUUUACAGAUAAUCCAUUGUUAACAGUUUAUUUAACACGUAAUUACAAACCAAAUAUAUUACCUACUGAAUUUGUCAACUGAAUGUUCAAUGUUCAAAAUGAUGUGUAAUAUAGACAUAUUAAAUCGAUUAAAAAGA